AUGAUGAGGAGGGUCUUGCAGGUGGCAGCAGGACUUGGUCGCCACAGAGCCCUCGCAGUUGCCCACCCCAUCUUGCCCAGACUUCACCCUGCCUCGGCUUUUGGAUCCUCCACCGACACCCUGGUCUCAAGAUUCUGUCUGGAGAAGACAGACUUGAAGGACUAUGCCCUCCCCAAUGCUAGCUGGUGUCCAGACAUGCUAAGCAUGUACCAAGAACUUCUGGAGAAGUCCAAGGACAGUGGCUGGGUCAAGCUGCCCUCCUUCAAGUCCAACAGAGACCACAUCAAAGGACUCAAGUUGCCGUUCGAGGUACCAGCAAGCUCAGACAAAAGUGAUUGGCGCAUCUUCCCCAGGUGCAUCUCAGAGGAGGGACAAGGCUAUGAGUAUGUCAUCUUCUUCCACCCAUCCAUGAAGAAGUCUGUCUGUCUCUUCCAACCCGGCCCCUUCCUGGAAGGCGUCCCAGGGUUUGCUCAUGGGGGGUCCCUGGCCACCAUGAUAGAUGAGACUUUCUCUAAAAUUGCCUACCUGGCGGGAGAGGGGCUGCUCACACUCAGUCUCAACAUCAAGUUCAAGAGUCUGAUCCCGGUGGGCUCCCUGGCUGUGCUGAACGUCGACGUAGAAAAGAUUGAGGACCAGAAGAUCCAUCUCUCGUGCAUCACCCAGAGCAGAGACCAGAAGACGGUGUACGCGAAGUCCUCAGCUGUUUUCUUCCAGCUGCAGCUGGAGGAGGAGUCAUCCCAGUAGCUGUCACUCUGCCUGCAGGACAGCCUGUCCCUGGCCACCUGCCUGCCUGGG